UGUUCCGACGUUUGGUGGAGACGGCCUCUGCGUUCGCUGAAUCUCAUGCUGAAGACGACACCGGCGGCGUCAGGCGGGAUAUGCAGGGACGAGGAAGAGCGAGGAGAAGAGAAGGAGACCAAGCUGGUCUCCUCCCGCAUCAUCACCGGCGUAGAGUGCGAACUGAAAGCCGUCGUCACUGAUUCUUUCCCGUCGACUGGGCAGGGGGCGAAAGCGUGGUCGAUGAAUCGCGUGGUGGGCGACGAGCUCACAGUGGCUUCCAUCGUCACAGGGGAGGAGACGUAAGCGCAAAAAAGGCCAAGGGCUUCGAUAGCGGAACAGGCGAACUGACGGAGGUCGAGGAAGCAGGAAGGCACCACGGGAAAAUUGGAAAUACUAUCAGAGUCCGCCCGCUACGGCGGCGAAGAGGGUGGCCGGAUGGGGAGUGACGAACGGUGAGAGAAGUAACGACAUUGUACCGGUCAGCAAGAGGGAAAAAAUGAGAAAAGAUUGUGGUGCACUUGAUGGCGGGCGGCAUCGGAUCGGCACGGAUGCCUCCAUCAAGCCAACAAGACAGCAAAGAAGUCGAGACGAAAUCAUGCAGUUGAAGUAGGAGACAACAGUUGCGAAAUGGAUAUGGUGUUGUGUCCUCUGCGUUGGGGGAGGAACAUAGACACUGGCGUGUGGUGGAAGUUUCGUUCUGACUGUUGUGUUUUUCUUCGGCGUUUUCUACUCGUACGUCAGUUGGGACAUGGUUGAGUUUGCUCAGUUUCGGGGGUAAAGAAUUCGAAGUUUCGUCCUUUGUCCUGUCCCCUAUUUGAUACCACAGGGCAGACUCUAACAACCCACUUUCACGUUUGAAGAACUUCAAAUAAGCAUCCUCUGUAGUAGAACCACUUUUGCGUCAAAGAGGUAUGCUGGGAAAAGUUCGAGGGUGUUGAUGAGGUUUUAUGUUGUGACGUUCUCGCCGUCAUACCCACGGUGUUGUGUGUAGUUGCUGGGUGCGAUUCGUAUGCAAGGCUUCCGUGUACCGAGGGAUUGUGCAGUCGAACAAGCCCUUGCGAACAUGGCUAUUGUUCGUUUAAGUGAUUGAUGUAUGCUCCUGUUGCAGCUCUACAAGAAUUCUAAGGUGAUAGCGUGUGCUUAUCUGCUUCUUCUAUGUUUCAAACAAAUAUUUCCUCAAGACCGGCGGCGCUGCAAACGGCAUGUUUUGCGAAGUCCUUCGUGUCUUCGUUCCCGCUUCCAUGCCCACCUCAUGACCCCGCUGUUUCACGAUGUUGUAGGAUGCGCCUGGCCGCCUCAUGCCUGAACUCUCGUUAGAGAUGUCGGCAUGCGGACAAACAACCCAACCCCGACAUGGCACCACACAGCGUCGUAGGUGCCACGUUCCACCACAAGAACGAUCUUUCAAACGAAUUGAAAUGCAGCAAAUGAUCUCCGUGCUCUACUGCCGUAUUGCCCGCCCUUCGCCCCAGCCAUGGAUUCAGUAAGUCGAUCGAGUGCGGGGGGGG